AUGGAAACCAAAAUCAUCCCCAAAUCGAUGGUCGCCGGAGUACAGACCGUCAUCCCUGUGGAAGUGACACAACACCGGGAAGUACGUUCUAUAUCAGUCGGAGAUCCCGUCAGAGUAGGAAUAUUCCGGCGAGCAUUGAACAUGGUUACGUAUUACAAGCAAGAAGGUGAUGAUAGUGGGUGGUUAGCCGCCGGAUGGAUAAAGGAGUCGUUAGGAAGAGCCUUGACCGAGCAGCCAAUGCUUUCCGGUAGGGUACGGAGGACGGAGGCGGUGGAUGGUCUUGAGGUGGUGGCUAACGACUGUGGCGUUAGGUUGGUGGAGGCUAUGUUUAAGGCGAGUUUGCCGGAGUUUCUUGAAAUGGUGAAGAGAGACAAAAACAGAGCUGAAGCAGAGACUGUCUUUUGGAGAGAUAUUGAUGAACUUGAUCCUCAAUUCUCUCCAUUGCUUUAUGUUCAGGUGACUAAUUUUGAGAGUGGUGGAUACUCAAUUGGGAUAAGCUGCAGUAUCUUAAUAGCUGAUCUCAUCCUUGAAACAGACUUUUUGACAAAAUGGGCUCAAAUCCAAAGCUCUUUAGCUCAUUCCCAAACCACACUCAAACCAAUCUUUUACCUCCCUUCUCUCAAGCAAAACUUUGGUAAUUUCAUUGAACUCUCUAAGUCAGCCUCGGUUCUCGAUCGCAGUGAACUCGUCGCUGUCUUCCAGUUCCAAACAUGCCCGAAAAAUUCGCUAUCCUGCAUGAGAAAAGCUGUUAAUGGAACUUGCAAAAAAGCGAGUCCCGAUGUUUUCUUGUUCGUCAAGGAACAAGGCGUAAGUGAAAAUAGUACUGGAUGUGACGGUAUGAAGGUAGAGAUACAUUCGAGUACUGAACCGUUUAGCGACUGCGAUUGUGAUCGCGGUGGCGAUUUGGAGGAGACAAAUGUUGGAGUACUUGAUAAGAAAUUAGCGUUUGGGGAAAAACUUAAAGGUACUUCAUGUUGGAUUGGGUCUGUCUCAAAAGGGGUUGUGUUUGUUGCCCAAUCUACUUUUGGAGAUGAUGACAAGUCGGUUGCCAAAUUUAUCGUUGCAUUACCAAAAGAGUAG